CACGGCGCGCCUUGCCGAACCUGCCAAGCUUGAGAAGGAAGCUUCAACGUCCAAGCCGACGACACGCAGUUGGGUUCACUUGCAGCAGAGCCUGCGAUUUCGUGUGUCGCUGGCAGCCUGCAGCAUUCCCGGCAUGCGGCCAUGGCCGAGAUACCCCCGUCUCUCGCGCAAUGCGCGAUAGUGGCUGCUGCACUCAAGAUCCUGCUCUUCCCGGCCUACAAGUCUACCGACUUCGAAGUCCACCGCAACUGGCUCGCCAUCACCAACAGCCUGCCUCUGUGGGAGUGGUACUACGAGAAGACGUCGGAAUGGACGCUCGACUAUCCGCCCUUCUUCGCCUACUUCGAGUGGAUCUUGUCGCAGGUCGCGAAGCUGGUCGACCCGGCCAUGCUCCGGGUGUACAAUCUCGAGUACGAUAGCUGGCAGACAAUAUACUUCCAGAGGUUUAGCGUCAUUGCGACCGAGUUGCUCUUAGUCUACGCGCUCCAGAUGUUCGUCGACUCGUCGCACGGGGCCAACAAGCGAGCAGCGCAGGCCGCCGCCAUCUCGGUCCUGCUUUCCCCCGGUCUCCUCAUUAUCGACCACAUCCAUUUCCAGUACAACGGCUGCAUGUACGGCAUGCUCAUUGCGUCCCUGGUGCUGGCGCGCAAGAGAUCGACGCUGUUGUGGAGCGGUCUUCUGUUCGCCGCCUUGUUGUGCAUGAAGCACAUCUACCUCUACCUCGCGCCGGCCUACUUCGUCUUCCUUCUGAGGGCCUACUGCCUCUCCCCGAAGUCAAUCUUCCGCAUCCAGUUUCUCAACUGCGUGAAGCUGGGCGCCGGCAUUGCGGCGAUUUUCGCCGCAGCCUUCGGACCUUUCGCGCUCAAGGGCCAGAUCCCGCAGAUUCUGAGCCGGCUCUUCCCCUUCUCGCGCGGUCUCUGCCAUGCCUACUGGGCGCCGAACAUCUGGGCCAUGUAUUCCUUUGUGGACCGCGUCCUGAUCGCACUGGCGCCUCGCAUCGGCCUGCCGGUGAGGGCGGAUGCGCUGCAAAGCGCGACGCGGGGCUUGGUGGGGGACACGUCGUUUGCGGUGCUCCCGGAUGUCACACCGCGGGUGUGCUUCGCCUUGACGCUGCUCUUCCAGGCCAUCCCGUUACUGAAACUCUUUAUCCAGCCGACGUGGGACAACUUCAUCGGCGCCCUCACGCUGUGCGGCUAUGCUUCCUUUCUCUUCGGCUGGCACGUUCACGAAAAGGCGGUGCUCCUGGUCAUCAUUCCAUUCAGCCUCAUCGCCAUCAAGGACAGGCGGUAUCUGGGCGCGUUCCGGCCGCUCGCGGUUGCCAGCCACGUGUCGUUGUUCCCGCUCCUGUUUACGCCGGCGGAGUUUCCCAUCAAGACGGUCUACACGGUGUUUUGGCUCAUCCUAUUCCUCGUGGCGUUCGAUCGCCUCGCGCCUGCGUCCAGCCGGCCGAGGUUCUUCUUAUUCGACCGCUUCAGCACGCUCUACAUCACCGUCAGCAUCCCGCUGAUCGCGUACUGCUCCCUUGUGCAUGGCAUUUUGUUCGGUAAAAGCUACGAGUUCUUGCCCCUCAUGUUCACCAGUUCGUACUCGGCGAUAGGGGUCGUCGGGAGCUGGGUGGGCUUCAUGGUGGUGCAUUUUACAUCAUAGAUGUUUGAGAUACAAAAAUAUACGUCGUAGAAGUUUGAGAUGCAAGAAUUGUCGAUUUCCAGAUUUUGAGGCAUUGUCGUCCUCUGUC